AUGCCUCCGCGACAAAGCUCUAUGCCGCAUGGACCACCGGAAACAUCCUCGUUUACCGAGCGUGCGAACAAGGCUAUCGAUGACUUUGAGGCCGUUCUUAUGGAAGACUACGAGGACAAGAACUACAUCCGAGAGGUGCUUCGCAGUGCCCGUGCCCGUGUGUUAGGCAAUGCCACUGAAAGUUCGUUCCCCGGUGGAGAACCCAAGGACGAGGGUGUCAUCAUGGACGUGCUUCGCAACCUGGUUGGAAGCUUGAAAGACGAGUAG